AUGACCGUAUCCUGGACGACUUUCCAGUGCAACAAUUCGGACUUCCGAGUGCGCCUCAUCCCUGAUGGAACGGAGUAUCCAGUGAGCCGCUUAGCGUUACAGCGGAGCGAGGUCUUUCGAGAUAUGUUCGCGUGCUGCGACACUGCCAAUCAGGAGACAAGCUCAGGUUCAGAAGGAGGAGAAGAAGACGUGCUGGAGCUACACGAGAAGAGCGGUGACCUCGCCGCCCUGUUGCGCCUGCUCCACGACCCUCCAGCACCGCCGUCUGAACUGCCACGAACGGGUAAAUUCGAUCCCAUCGCCCACGACCCGGCGACGAUCAUCCCCUUACCCCUACUCCUCUCCGUCCUUUUCGUGCUUGCGGACAAGUACGCUGUGGAGGAAGCGAUAGGUAGCGUUCUAAGGCAACAUUUGCUCGCACAUGCGCCGACCCACGCCCUCGAGGUGUACGGCUUCGCUUCCUGGCAUGGGAUGGACUGGGAGGCGUCCGCCGCAAGCCAAUAUGUACUCCCGCUCGCGUCGUAUCGGUUCGAGGAGGUCAAGCUUAUCCCCAACGUCGCCGCGUACCACAAGCUCGUCCGAUUGCAGGACUUCCGCGUGAAAGCUUUGCGCGAUCUCCUCCUAGGCGAGGAGAUAUUCCCUCACAGCUACGGCGAGUGCUCGUCCCAAGGUAGGAAGACGAUGGACAGCUGGGACAGACAGCGGAAGGCCUUGAUGGGAAGAAUUGAAUGCGGUGAGAGCAGUUCCGAGACUUCAUUAUGA